AUGCAUUCACUCAGAAGGGAGUUGAGCGAAGGACUUCGUCCUCUCCAUGAAACUUUUGUUGCUUUGAUUCGUUUGUUUGGUUCUAAAGGCCAUGCUACCAGAGGCUUAGAAAUACUUGCAGCAAUGGAAAAGCUGAAUUUUGACAUCCGCCAAGCUUGGCUGGUUCUUAUUGAGGAGCUUGUUAGAAGCAAUCAUCUGGAAGAUGCCAAUAAAGUCUUUCUGAAGGGUGCCGAAGGAGGGCUGAGAGCUACUGAUGAGCUUUAUGAUCUUCUUAUUGAAGAAGACUGUAAAGCUGGGGAUCAUUCCAACGCAUUAACCAUAGCCUACGAAAUGGAGGCAGCAGGAAGGAUGGCAACCACUUAUCAUUUCAAUUGUCUUCUUAGCGUACAGGCUACUUGUGGGAUACCUGAAAUCGCUUUUGCCACAUUUGAAAACAUGGAGUAUGGAGAAGAAAAAAACUUCAAAAGCGUACUUGUUUUAACAACGGAAAGAGGUUCCUUCAGCGGUUCAGCUUUAGGUCUUAAUUUAGAUGUUGGCUCCAGUACGGGUGAAAGUGCCUGGACUAAGUGUCUCACUUGA